AAAAAAAAAUGCUUUUACAUGUGAAAUAAAGUCUAUAAUAGGAAAGAACUUUUAAAAAGAGCCAACAGAAUUACACAUUUUAAUAUCAGCCAACUAAACUCAGUUCAGAAGGCUAAAUGGUCCCCCCAGCUCCAGUUCCGAUGGUUGUAUCUAUUAUAUUUCACUAUCUUAUAGUGCAGCCCACAUCCGAUUUAAUUGUGUUUUUAAAUCAUUUACUUUCUCAGCUGUUCUCAGUGAGGAGAAACUUAUGAAAAUGUUAUCUGGAUAAGACGGUUAAAAUGAGGGAGCGAUGUCCUCGAAGGGCUCUUGCAAAACCAUGUUUGACUAAACUAAUUUCCUGUUAGAGCUCUUUAUUUGGACAAGAGUGUAAUAAAGUGGGUGAUCUCUGACUGAGUCUCAUUAUCAGGGGGACAUUUAGAGAGAUCUUUGUAUCAGGGUGCCAGAAUAGUUUUCCAUCAGGGGACGCCAAAGUGUGACAGUCUCAGAUUAAGCUCUCUUAAAUGACACACUUACAUUCAGUUAAGACUGUCAGAGAGAGUUGGGCUGUGGAGCUAUGGUCCGGGAGGAGUUUAGCUUCAACACCUGUGUGGGAUUUCAGUCCUAGUCUGUUUGCUUUGAGGUCAUCUAUAUGUGUACUUCAGAAAGUUGAAACGUUUUAAAUGCAAAAGUCUCAAAAAAUGUUUCAGCACAUUGACCACUUCCAUUAUAUAUUACUUUUACUAAGUCGACUAUUGCUCUGACCGCAAUGCCACAGAAUCGUAACAACAUGAAGUACUUUUGUGUAGUUGUGUAGUUCAUUAUAGUGUAUUAAUUUUAUGGUUUUACUGAAGUCAGGUGGCCUUGACCUGGGGUUAAAAAUAUACUGUAUAUUUAGUUAUAUUUGAAUGUCCACUCUAUAAAUUCUAUAGAUUGAUUUCUAUCAGUCAUAAUGACCAGAUUUCAAGCUGGUUCUGUUAUUUUCUCACAUAUGACGUUAGGUUGCUGUCAGGUUCUAGUUUGUAAUUCCUAAGGUCUGUGUGUAAGGUCUACUCGCUCAGAGGGAAAAUAAAAACAUUUUCAGGUUCGAUCAAUUUGAGUCUUUAAUAUCUGAGCGCACCAGUCAGUUCGGAUCACAUGGUCUUGUUUAAGGGCCAGAUUCAGACUUUAAUUUGAUGUCUAGUUUUGAGCUCCUUCGCUGAACAGAAUGUUUUGUUCAGUCAUUGUUAUAAUCCCACUGCAGCACAAGGAUGUUUUGAGGAAAGCAGUGGCACACAUGUGCCAAGUGCAUUGUGGGAAAUUGCAUGACCUGACAGGAGGCUCUUUCGCUGCUUUUAGGAUGGUUAAGCUCAGCUUUCACAUUAAUGCUGCAUGUUGUGUUUCAUUUGACAACCAGAUGUCAGUAACAUUAGCCAGUAACAUCGUUCAGGGGUUUAAUAUGUGCUAAAAAAAUAUCAAGACGUCCAAUCAAUGCUUAACUGUUCCAUCACACCCUUUUUCAAGUUUUCGCAGUGGACUACAUGUGAAACACUGCGAAAUGAGAAUGACAUCUGCAUUAUAAACGUAUCCAAGCGUAUCACACUCACACAUACACACAUAGUGUCCCAUCCAGAUGGAUUGUCUUCUCUCUUGCUGUUGAGCGCAGCACUGAGCCGCUGGUGAGAGACUGCAGUUAUUUCAGUCUCAUUGCAGUCUCUCUCUCUCCUCCCUCCUUAACGUCUCUGAUUGAGCAUCAUUCUCACAUGCUACGCUUUCAUGCCUCCUCUUUCACACUCACUCUCUCUCUCUCUCAAUCUCCGUUAGCUUCUCUUUCACUUACAGCCCUAGUAAUCAUGCCGCAUCCCCCUCUCUCUCUGUCCUCUCCUCUGCCUGUCUGCUUUCGUUUACAUAUUUCUUCAUCAAACUGACUGUUUUCAGUGCCAGCCGAACUGCAUUCGCCUGUUUUUGGAAAGAGGACAUUUAGAUGCGGGACGCUGGGUAUUUUUCACCUUGCAGCUCACUCAUCUGGACGGCUUUCGGAAGGUCGUCCGGUUCUGUCCUGGAGUUUCAGGAAUACAUUGAUCAUCCGGUUUGCAGCCCACCAGAGUCCUGGAGUCUGUUGCAUAGCUGUGUGUCUCCUGCGGUGCACUCGGACUGCUCUAAUAGUCUCGGUGAGGAGCGUGGGCUGAAGAAAACCCCCUCAGCCCGUCAUCAGCCAGAGGAGGAUCACCGUUGAGGGUCAGCUAAGAUCAGUGAAGGGGAAAGCGUGACAGAAGGAGGCAAAACGAAGAGAAGAGUGAAGGGCACAGCAGCAUCUCACAGGUUAAGAGCAUCAAACGGUGGGGUCAGCGCCUGUUGGGAAAGAGAGCAAGAGUUUUAGAAAGAGAGAGGCAGGCUUUGAUUUGUAAACUAGUGACUAUAAACUCUUCAGUAUUUGAGAGCCAAUCCAGAACUCCAUCCUGAUUCUCUUGGACUUCCAGGACAAGCUGUGUCGGUUUUUCCUACUCAAGUUCCUUUGCUGUUAACAGCCAUGCAGGUGUCCUUCGCGUGUACGGAUCACGGGUUGAAGGCCCCGCGCACCAGUGAGCCCAACAAGCAGAACACGUCGAGUCCGAACACGGCCAGCGCGGCACGGGCACGGUUCCGAACGGUGGCGCUGAUUGCCCGGAGCCUGGGCUCCUUUACACACAGGCACCACAUUUCCCUGAAAGAGUCCACCGGGAAACUCACCGGCAUGAAGUACAGGAAUCUUGGGAAGUCAGGACUGCGAGUGUCAUGCCUUGGACUCGGCACGUGGGUGACAUUUGGGGGACAGAUUUCAGAUGAGGUGGCAGAGCAGCUGAUGACUAUAGCCUAUGAAAAUGGGGUCAACCUCUUUGACACUGCAGAGGUCUAUUCAGCUGGGAAGGCUGAAAUUAUCCUAGGAAACAUUAUCAAGAAAAAGUGUUGGAGGAGAUCCAGUCUGGUCAUCACCACUAAACUGUACUGGGGAGGAAAGGCAGAGACAGAGCGUGGGCUCUCUAGGAAGCACAUUAUUGAAGGUCUGAAGGGUUCUUUGCAGAGGUUACAGUUGGAGUAUGUGGAUGUGGUAUUUGCCAAUCGCCCCGACAGCAACACACCAAUGGAGGGUAGAUCCAUGACACAUGUCAUUAACCAUGGCAUGUCCAUGUACUGGGGCACAUCACGCUGGUCAGCGAUGGAGAUCAUGGAGGCGUAUUCUGUAGCGAGGCAGUUUAAUCUGAUUCCUCCUGUGUGUGAACAGGCUGAAUAUCAUUUAUUCCAGAGGGAUAAAGUGGAAAUGCAGUUGCCAGAGCUUUACCAUAAGAUUGGUGUUGGAGUGGUUUCCUGGUCUCCUCUAGCCUGUGGCAUCAUCACAGGGAAAUAUGAAAACGGCAUCCCAGAAUCCUCCAGGGCCUCUUUGAAGUCAUACCAAUGGCUGAAGGAGAAGAUUCUGAGUGAGGAUGGCAGAAAGCAGCAGGCCAAGCUUAAGGAAUUGACCCACAUAGCUGAGAGGCUCAGCUGUACCCUUCCACAACUUGCCAUCGCCUGGUGCCUCCGUAAUGAAGGAGUGAGUUCUGUUCUCCUGGGGACCUCCAACCCUGCACAGCUCACUGAGAACCUGGGGGCGAUACAGGUUCUUCCAAAGAUCACCGCUCAAGUGGCCUCGGACAUCGACAAAAUCCUGGGUAACCGUCCCCACAGUAAGAAGGACUACCAUCACUAGGCCUUUCUGUGAACCUGUAAGCCUUGAGACUCAGGAUCCCGUGCCAGCCCUCUUGUGUUGGCGGGUGUCCACAGUGUGUGAUUCCCACCAUUGUGUGUCUGUGUCUACUUCUUUUGCAGAGAGCCAUUGUUACUGUUACAGUAGAAAUGCUAAAGUGUUAUGCAUGCUUCUGUUUGACCUAUACCUGAGCUCAACCUCGCAUUAAGAUCUCUGUGGAGACACACCUGCCUGUGAAGCACAGAAGCUCCCGGACUCCCUCGUCUGUGGGGUUUUGUAUUCAGCCGUCAUAACCCAUAUGUGCCAAAGUGAACAUGGUCUUGACCCUUGACCUCCGGACAUCUAUUCUGAAAAGGCAUGAAUAACAGGCCCUUAUGAAUGGCCCUGAUUAUGGUCUAUAAAAAGUAAAGUAAGGAAAGGCACUGCAUAUCACUCUGAGAAUGUACAAACUAAGAACUGUGAUGUAUGGCAGAGCAGCAUGUAGAGUUGAACUGUGUACACUGGUAAAAAUGUGUUGGAUUAAAAAGCCAUCAACAGCAAAGUGGGCUGUUAUUGUGUUUAAAUGUUCUCCAAAAAGUUUAACAUCUUUAAACUACCAUUUGAGUAUGUUUCCUUUGUAAACCCUGCAAUUUGUGUCAAUUCCGUUCAACAAUUUCUUACUUCUCCAUUGUUUUAUAUGUACAUUAUAAAAGAAACUUAGUUUGUUCAAAGGCUUAUACAGUGUUGAAGUUACACUGGUUAAAUAUUUAAAUGCUUGCUGCUGUAUUUGGCAACUUUUGAACUGCUAAGCAGUACAUACUUAAGUCCCGAGAGUGACAGAAAUGCACAGCUACUAAAAGCAACUAGUUCCUGUCCAUGACAAAUGGGGUCUGAAUGUUUACAGACUUGAAAAUGAUGAAGCUGUUAAUUAAUGCUUUGUGCAGAGUGCUUUUAACAUUAAAAUAAAAAUGUGCAUCUCCA